UCCCUCUGUUGCAGCUCUCGCCCCUGCCCCGCGGACGGGAGACGCUGGACUCCAGGGCCUCCUCCACCUGGGCGGCCGCCGCCAAGAGCCAAACAAAAGUGCUGCUGUAGGCUCCAGGAUAAACACGGCUGCGUGCAGGAUGGCAUCCGCAGAGGCUCUGGUUGGAGUCAAAGUUUCAAAACAAACGAGAACGCUUUGGGAAAAGGUCAGGUUAGCUGAAGUCGGCUCCCGAAAGCCGUGUCUCCACUUCCCCACGCAGUGCCAAGUGCGUGGGGUGUGCGGGGCAGCGCCGAGCUGCCCGGCCCGUCCAGGCACCCGAGAGCCGCGUAGCUAGUGAAGGGCCGGCCUGCAGGGUCCUGGGCGAUGGUACGCACUGCUCUGGCCGGUCUGACUGGUGGGUGUGCUCACAGGCUGAAGGUCUCGGCUGGUUAGAAAAAAAAAGAAAAAUUAAAAGUUUUGGCCCUACUUGCCAAAUGCUUUACUUCAUUCUGACCCUGGAGAACUGAAUUUCAGCUGUAGGUUUUGGAAGCUGCAGGCAGCUGUCUGAGCAUCAGUCUCCCUUAAGGGUCUCCCUUAGUCUCCGUAUCUGGGGUGACUCUGUAGAAGUGCUGUUAGCAAGGCCUGUGGGCAGCCUAACUCGGACAGCCAGAAGGACCGGCCCUGUGCUCUUCAUCAGCUUAGAAGAUAGUAAGCGUAACUAACGUGGUAGAGCACUGCAAAGACAUCUAUCUCAUCAUUCCAUCCACGUGUCAUGGCGUUUCUUUCCAAAGGCUUAUUCCCUUCCUCCAAAGAAGAAUUCUAAAGUUGUCAUGGGACUUUUUAUUCUGCAGAAACUUUCUGAUGAAUACUUUAACUACAGCCAAAGCUGCCCCAGGCGCGUCUCCCACCUCGCUCUGCUCAGCUUGUAUUCUGCUGUUACGUUCAUUACUAUGAAGAGGGUACGGUCACAGCAUGGGUGUCCUGGGAUCUUUCUUGUUGUGAUUAACUGUGUCUUGCUGCACCUCUAAAAGCUCCUUGGUAAUUCUGCUUCCACAUCUGCAGGUCUGCAGAAAGGUGGCACUUUUUAUUUGGAGGGUUUUUAAAUUUUACCAGGUAAUCGUGGAAGCAGUGGAAGUGUGGUUGUUAACGCACAUGCCGUUUCCUGUCGAGCAGGGUUGAAUGCCUGCCCGCGGCCUUCCGGCGGGACCAUGGAGAAAGGAGGCAACAUCCAGCUGGAGAUCCCCGACUUCAGCAACUCGGUGCUCAGCCACCUGAACCAGCUGCGCAUGCAGGGCCGCCUCUGUGACAUCGUGGUCAACGUGCAGGGCCAGGCUUUCCGGGCUCACAAAGUGGUCCUGGCCGCCAGCUCCCCGUACUUCCGGGACCACAUGUCCCUGAACGAGAUGAGCACCGUCUCCAUUUCGGUCAUCAAGAACCCCACCGUGUUCGAGCAGCUGCUCUCCUUCUGCUACACGGGCCGCAUCUGCCUGCAGCUGGCGGACAUCAUCAGCUACCUGACGGCCGCCAGCUUCCUGCAGAUGCAGCACGUCAUCGACAAGUGCACGCAGAUCCUCGAGGGCAUCCACUUCAAGAUCAGCGUGGCCGACGUGGAGGCAGAGUGCACUCAGGUGAGGACCAAGCACCCAGAGAGACCCCCGGAGUCUCCCAGGGUCACCCCCAACCUCAGCCGCCCCCUGAGUCCCCGGCACGGCGCGGCGAAGGGGAACCGGCGGGGUGCGGUGAGCGCGGUGCUGGACAUCAGAGAGCUGAGUCCUCCCGAGGAGUCCACCAGUCCCCAGAUCAUCGAGCAGAGUUCUGAUGUCGAGAGCCGCGAGCCCAUUCUGCGGAUCAACCGGGCAGGCCAGUGGUACGUGGAGACAGGGCUCGCAGACCGUGGGGGCCGUAGUGAUGACGAAGUCCGGGUCCUGGGAGCUGUGCACAUCAAAACGGAAAACCUGGAGGAGUGGCUAGGGCCCGAGAGCCAGCCCUCCGGGGAGGAGGGAAGCAGCGCCGAAGACGUCACGGCCAUGGUCAUCGACACCACCGGGCACGGCGCCGUAGGCCAGGAGAGUUACCCCCUGGGCUCAGCAGGACCCAAAGUCGCCCGGCCAACGAGCAGUGAGGUUGACAGGUUUAGCCCUUCUGGCAGCGUGGCCCCCCUGACGGAGAGACACCGAGCCCGCAGCGAGUCCCCUGGGAGGAUGGACGAGCCUAAGCAGCCCGGCUCCCAGGUAGAAGAGUCAGCAGUGAUGGGGGUAAGUGGUUAUGUGGAGUAUCUCCGAGAACAGGAAGUGUCCGAGCGAUGGUUCCGGUAUAACCCCCGGCUCACUUGCAUCUACUGUGCCAAAUCUUUCAACCAGAAGGGGAGCCUGGACCGCCACAUGCGCCUCCACAUGGGCAUCACCCCGUUCGUCUGCCGCAUGUGUGGCAAGAAGUACACGCGCAAAGACCAGCUGGAGUACCACAUCCGCAAACACACGGGCAACAAGCCCUUCCACUGUCACGUGUGCGGCAAAAGCUUUCCCUUCCAGGCCAUCUUGAAUCAGCACUUUCGCAAAAACCACCCUGGCUGUAUCCCCUUGGAGGGGCCCCACAGCAUCUCCCCUGAAACAACUGUCACAUCUCGAGGGCAAGCCGAGGAAGAGUCGCCUUCACAGGAGGAGACGGUGGCUUCUGGGGAAACUGCCCAGGGCUCUGUGUCCACCACUGGGCCUGACUGAAAGCGUGAGGGGGGAGGGCAGGCCCUCCCCCCUGUGGGCCGAAGCAGCCCGCAUCAGGGCCUAGGCUGGUACUUUGAUCACAAAAUGCCACAGCACUCGACCUGAAGAUGCUCCGGAGAUGUUGCCAGACUGGGCGGCCAGCCAGGUCCGUAGAAAGGCUCUUCCCCUCCUCUUCCCACCUCACACUUCGGAAAAUAAUCAAGCAAGUUUAACUUCUAAUUCAGGGAUCAACAGCCUUGGUUUGUUAACUUUCUAAGACAGGAGUUUUUUUAUGAAACAGUGGUGAACAGUCAUUUACCUACCAGUCACGUUUGAACACUGUCCUUGGUCCAUAUCAUCCUGGUGGCUGCAAUGGCCCAGACCUGAAAAUGCAGCGGGAGCCUUGGCCGGCAGGAGCAGCCCACCGAGAGAGGAGGCAGUUCCGGGGUGAGGGGCCAUCUCUCCGCUUCCUUCCCUGCCAGACUGCGUGUUCAUAUUUCAGCAGGAAGAACAAAUGCCGGCGAUUGUUCAGGGUCUGCCUUUGUGUUUGCCCUGAGUAGGCAUGUCGAGCUUUGCCUGUUUCGUGCAGAUAACCGUCUUAGAGCAGUGUUGAGCAGGCAGCAACACCUAAAAGGCACUUUAGGCAACCGGAAGUGAAGAGAGCCACAGCGCCGGCAGUCGGUCGUGCUGCAUUCGGGGCUGGAAUGUGGAGUGUUCUCCGUGUCCCACAGCGCAGAGCCGAGCUGCAGCUUGCUGACUGGCGUAGCUGUAGCGUUGCAUCCUCUGUCGUUGGGACUUAGCUCUAGUUCCGAUUAGCUAAUGGGUUAGGCUGAGUACCAAAGUCUCCUCUAGCCGCCUUGGCUCCUGUAUCAUGUAACAGCAAUAUUCUACAUCACAAAGGUCACCUUCCAGUGAAGCGAGCCUGGAUCGUAUUUUUAAAUCCACAGGUCUCCCUAUUUGAUAACUUUUAUACGAACUUUAAAUCAUAUUUUUCAUGGAACAUUGUGGUUGAAGAAAAGCAGCAUCAUGGUUCUUGCUGCAGCCACAAUGCAGUUUCCUUCUACUUACGUAAUAAUUUGUAUCUUGAGUCCAACAGGAGAACCUCACUUAAAUCCAUGUUUUGGGUCUCAAACCUGGUAAUUCAUGAACCAACCAUCAGCACAUUGCUGGUGACUCCAAGAGCUUUGAUUUUUAACAAUACACUACAGGGCACUUACCACCAGGAAACAUCAUGCACAAUCAUGUUGCAAUAAAUAAUCAAGGGAUUGAUUUUGAUCAAGUUUAGUUACUUAAUCAUUCCUAAGAUUUUUUUUAAAACUUCAAGGGACCUUUGUAAUAAUUGGAGAUAUUUCUGAGAUUCUUAACACAGAGAACUUAAUGUGGAACUUGAGUUGCGUCAUAGUGAGGAGGGAUGUUGAAGGAUGCAGCCAGCAGAUGCUCAUGACUUACAGUGCGAGCAGAAGCGCCUCCAGCCCUCAGCAUCUUUGCGUAAGAAGUUGUGUGGCUGCAGAGGCGUGGAUGACUUUAACGUGGGUUUGAGAGGGGAAGGGCUGAUCUGAGAACGUGGUUGCGUGGUCCUUCCUGAGAGUGCUUUAUGACAUGUGCAAAGGUGGUAGAAAAGAAUGACAUUUCUUUGACGAU